AUGCCAUUAGUACCUCCACUUAAUUUCGCCAUGAUUGCUUCUGGCGUAUACCGAUCAGGUCAUCCCAACAAACAAAACUUUGCAUUCUUGCGAAAAUUAGGCCUAAAGACCAUCAUGUACUUUGCCAUGGAAGAUUAUCCUUCAGAGAUGCAACACUUUGUGGAACAGGAAGGCAUUGAAGUCUUGCACUAUAAAACAGAGGGAAAUAAGGAGCCUUUUAUUGAAGUGAAUCCAGAAGAUAUUUCACACGCUUUAGUCAAGCUUUUAGACAAACGAAGUCACCCAGUUCUUAUUCAUUGUUUAAAAGGAAAGCAUCGAAUAGGUUGUUUAGUGGGUUGUUUAAGGAAGAUCCAAAGAUGGUCCAUGACAUCCAUCUUUGAUGAAUAUCGUAAAUUUGCAGGCACAAAAGUUUUAGCGGAUCAAGAGUUUAUAGAGACUUUUGAUCAUGACCAAGUGCCAUAUGAUCAUCAACAUAGACCAGGCUGGCUCUAG